AUGGAGGGAAAUCGCAAUGAAUUUUUCAAUGAAAUCAUUAGCAAUAUCGAUGACAUAUUCGUUCCCGACGACCUGCACAGUGCUCGACGGGAGCUGCAGGAUGGCGAGAUAUCCAGGACCUUGGAGCGUUGCUACAGCGUCAUUUCGGAGUCGGGCAAGCUGCUGAGUGGCACCACGGCCUCGGCUCUGGCCCACCGGAAACCGCUGAGUGCCUCCUCGCUGCAGCUAUCGGUGACCAGCUACCUGAGCCGCUUCCUCAAGCGCGGGGUCUAUGAGAAGAUAAAGCGUCGUCAGACACGACUCGAUCACAAUCUCUUCGAUGUCCUGUGGCCCGCCAUGCGGAAGACGUCGAAGGCACGCCAUUUGGAGGAGGAUAUUAACUGCGGAAUUAUUGCACCAGAUUUCGAUGUGUUUGUGGUGUUCCAGGAGUUCUUGGUGCCGCUGCUAAAGGACAUGCAUUGCUUAAGCAUCGAUGCUGAUUUUAAGCCCCAACCCCGAUUGGCUUACUUCCCCAUGGACAAUGGCGAAAGACUAAAUACGGCGGCUUUUGUGUUUGACGACGAGUCCCUGCUGGUCACCCGCUGUCUGGUGGAGGCCUCAAGGAACUUGGAUCAACUGGAGCUGCCAUUGAACCUCACAAUUGGCCAGCUAGAGCAGGCGGAACGGCUGAUGAUGGGCAAGAUAUUUACGACAAACUUUGCGGAUGCCAUAGGAGAAACUGACUCGGGAAACUACUACACCUUGACUGAGCUCCUUGAGGCUGACUCGGAGGUGGCCAUGAUGCUAAGCAGCCUGGGUCUGAUGAUACCUCUGCUGGACACCAAGGAUCUGGUGCAGGCUGCCGAGUCCACGGCUUUCAAUGGAGCCCUGUGGCCCUAUGGCCGGGGAGUGUUUGUUAAUUCGGCCCACAACUUGGCCGUGUGGCUGAAUUGCCAGGAGCACUUGCGGGUGAUCUCCACCACAAGCAGCAAAGAUCCAGCGGAUAUGGGCGCUGCCUACACGAGAGUGGGCCGUGCCAUAAGCUACCUGGAGACGCAGCUGCACUUCAAGGAGAGCUACCUGCUGGGAUAUCUGCAGUCGAGGCCCAGCUACUUGGGCACUGGCCUCAAGAUGACCGCCAUCGUGAAGCUGCCAAAUCUUAUGAAGGAGAUGGAUAACCUAAGGCACCUGUGCUCCGUCCGGGGAUUGAGUAUGGUGACCAAUCGUCUCUCGAAGCUCACCGUGCGCCUUGUAAAUAUGCAAAGCAUGGGCGUGGUGGAGUACGUGCUGUUCCAGGACUACUGCACGGCAGUCACGAACAUCCUGUCGCUGGAAAAGGACAUGUCACUGACCAACUCCAAGCACAUUGCCACCAUGCUGGUGAAGAUCUUCAGGCGCAAGAAGAACAGCAUCGUGGACCGCAACUAA